ACGGCCAUGACAGUACAAGGUAGCAAUCAUGGCCGCGAACGCUGUAGUCCGAACGGUAAUGUAGCUACUGGUUGUGUGUGAUUCACGCUCUAUAUCUCGACAAAUCACCGUGUGUGCGUGUGCGUUUUACGCGCGGCUUUUUCAACUGGACUGUUCAACAAUAUUAUUUCAACCGUUCAUGAUGAACAUGUCCGUAGAGAAGAAAAAAUACCCGUCAGCUUUGCCAAGUAACUGGCCGACGCGCGACGAGCAGCCUCCACGAAAGACCCAAACUUCACAACAACUGCCCCUCUCGUCAGGGAAGGUUGAUGUUGGUUUUUAUUACAGUCGUGGAGUCAGAAAUGAUGCAUCUUUGGUACCUCCUAUCAGACAAACUGCAUCCAUUUUCAAGCAACCAGUCACUAUUUAUAAAACACAAGAAGGAAAGGUGAAAGACAGUCCUAAGCAUGGAUCACAAGAUAAGCCUAAGCAGAAUGGAGCCAAUAAGUCUCACAGCAAGAAUGGCUUCCAAGACAAAUCUAAACAGCUUUUUUGGGAGAAGCGGUUAGAAGGUCUAAGAGCUUGUGAUCCAGAUGGUUAUGAAUUGGGUGGUAUGGACUUGCCUAAAUCACUGAAACCCGUGGGACCAUAUAUAACGGAGGAAACACUUUUACAAAGUGUUGCAACGGCGUUACAUGUAUCAACGCAACCAGUCACUGGACAAACAGGCCCAAAGUCUGCUCUUGAUAAGAAUUCGGGUGUCUUCCUCAAUCCUGAUCAGCCACUUAUGCAGGCUGUUAUGAUAACAGAUGAAGACAUUAAGAGACAAGAAGAAAGAGUAACAAUCGCAAGGAAAAAGUUACACGAAGCUUUGCGUACUAUGUACGCGUGAACUUAGCUCAUUAUUUUGCCGUUUACUUGCUUAUAACAUCAGUGGUAGCUUUUUCUCUGACUAGUUUCUAAGUGCUUUGUCGAAAUAUUUUAUCAUUUUUUGAAUUAAUUUGACUAACAAAUCAUCAUCCAAGAGAAAAAGCAUCUGAGUAUGAAUUUAUAACUUGAGAAAAUGUUAUCUUGAAAUCAUAGAAUUCAUUCCUGCAUUUUUCCAUGAACUCUUAUUGUAUAAACGCCUAAGGCAAAUGUUGCGUGAGAUUAUUAGUGUAAUUCUUGUAAAUAACGUUAGAAUCUGUGGUUUUUUUGAACUAAUGAAGAGAGAAAUCAGUUGUGAGAUGUGAAAGUGAAGUGAAUUUGAUAUUCAUUUAAUUACAACGUUUAAUAUGCAGAAACUGAGAAUCAAAAGAUAUAUUUAUUUACUUGCGCAAGGUUCUUCAAGCGUUGUAUAUGUAUAACUGUUGCGAGAAUCCAUAAAAAGAUGCACUAAGCAAUUUUAUUUCUUGCAAUCAGCGAUUGUGAUAAUGUUAUAAUUUUAUAAUUAUGUUUAAUACGAACAGAUUCAAUCUUAAUGAUUUCAACUUUUACCAAUGGGUAAUUUUUCCAUACACUGUAAUUAUGCACUUAUUAACAAAAUAAUUGUACAAGCGUAAUAAAACCAACUUUGUAUGCAAAUAAUAUAGUAUUUUUGUUAAAAAUUAGCUUAAAUAUAUCAAAUUAAAGUAUAUAAUGUGGUAUAAAUUCUAGUGAAUCUUAAAAUCGAGAUUUAAAAACUUGAACUAGAAAUUUAAAAAAUAUGUAAGAAUUUUUAAUGAGUUUUUAUGUGUGAUGUAAUAAUAAUGAUAAUUAAUAUUCCUUCGUAAAAAUCAAUUAUUAAGAAGAGGGA